CUGAAACACACAGAAGGGAGUAAAACAGCAGAUCUAGUCACAGAGUUACGACUUGUGUUCCCGGAAAGCUGACAAGCACAUCUAUCCCUCGGACGCACACGUGCACACACACAAUCUGAGCAAAGAUGGCCUCCGUCGCUCCGUUCAGCCGCAACCAGUGGACGUCCCAGUCACUGAGGGUCACCGCCAAGGAGAUGUCCAUCGUCACCACCCGGGGAAAAAACACCGCCAUCGCAGAGCGCUUCUCCAAGUACCAGAUGGCAGCAGAGGAGGGAAACGCAGAGAGUAAGAAAAGGGUGGUGGAGCCUCUACCUUCAACUCUGCGCUCUGGGAAUCUGAGUGUUUUAAAGAAACGCUGGGAGCAGCAACAACAGCAGCAGCAGCAGCCGUCCGCAGCCUGCAGCACCGCCGACUUCCAGACCUACAACAGUCAACCAGCGGGUCCCAAACCGAGACACACGUCAGAGGUCAACGCCCUGAAAGCCCUGCAGGAACAGGAUUCUGAGCCAGAGACGCAGGCCUACGAAUCCCACCGCGACCAGCUCUGGUCAGCUCAACCCGAGGAUCUGAUGGACAUGGAGGAGAAGCCCAGCGGAGAUGCUGUGGAGCAGGAGCGAGCAGCAGCAGGAGCAGCAGCCGAAGUGCCCGACACGGAGAAGCCCAGCGUCCCCCUCAACAGCCUGAAGAUGAUGUUUGAGAAGGUGUCCAGAGACCAGACGAGUAGAGGGAGCAGCGGUAAUACUGCCAACAUGGACCAGCUACUAGGAGAUGGAAGUCUUGCAGAGUCGACCCCUCUCAGGGACAGGAUGGCCCUCUAUCAAGCUGCCAUCUCCAAACAGGAAGUCUCUCCCACCUCAGUCAAUAACGAUCAGCUGGACAGUUACUGUGGGAAGCAGAAGGAAAAUGUCCCUCCGUGCUCUCUGGACAUGAGUCCAGAGUCUGAAUUAAACAACAGCAGGAAAAGUUUCACCGCGGAGAGCAACAGCUCUGGUCCCGGCACCCCAGCGUCCGCCAAUCAAAGAGACUCUUCUCAGCCCAAGACGUCCAAGGGUUUCCGCCUGCCUGUGAGAGAGACCUGCGUGUCGUGUCUGAAGACGGUUUAUCCUCUGGAGAGGCUGGUGGCCAAUCAGCACGUGUAUCACAGCUCCUGUUUCCGCUGCUCGCACUGCAACACCAAACUCAGUUUGGCAAACUACGCCUCUCUGCACAACAACGUCUACUGCAAGCCGCACUUCUGCCAGCUCUUCAAGGCGAAGGGAAACUACGACGAGGGCUUCGGCCACCGGCCCCACAAAGAGCUGUGGGAGGGCAAACUGGAGGCCGAGGACACUCCGCCGCAGUCCAACACUCCCACCAAGCCGAGCACCCAAAGCUCCACUCCGUCCUCAGACCUGGACAGCCCCAGUGUGGAGGACUCUCCGCUGGCUAAAGUCAACGUCCUGACCGCCACGAUGGAGGCUCUGGGACAGGGAUCGGCAGAGAAGGCCGACAGACCCGCUGAGACCCGCAGGCUGAAAAUCUCCUGGCCGCCACGCACCGAACCGGAGGACGGAACCGGCCGCACCGAAGCCACCACCACCACCACCACAGACGGGGGCUCCGCCACUAAGCCAAUCCGAGCCAAGUGGCCCCCAGAGGAGGAUUCCCCCACCUCCCCUCCCGAGCAGGUCAGAGAGGUUUCCUCCCUGCGCCGCAGCUCCUCCCUGAAGGAGCGCAGCUUGCCCUUCACACUGGCGAACCAAACCAGCAGCACUCCUUCUCCUCCCGAGCCCAGAAAAGAGAGUCAACCUCCCGCUGCGGACGAGCGGCAGGCGAGCCCCGAACCCUCCAGCAUGGAGCUGCAGCACGGCGACCAGUCGUCAGACAGCCAGACGCCCACCGAGGACAACUGCGUGGACGUACACACCAGCUCAGGAGAGGAGGAGCAUGAGGAGCAGGAGGGGGAGAUGAAGAGUGAAGACAUGCCAGAACAUCCCGUCAACAGAGAGGAGGAGCUUGAACAACCUGGACAGGAAGAAGAAGAAGAGGAGGAGGAGCAGAUGGAGGAAGAAGAAGAGGACGGAGGUGUGCUGGAGGAAGAGAUGCCACCUCUGAAACGCCAGGAGACGACAGAGACCGUCUCAUCUCCUGAGGGGGAAGUGGAGCCCAGCCAGUCCUCGCAGGACGUUGGCUUCUGGGACAGCGAGGAGGUGGACGAUAAGGAGCAGGAGGCGCUGACGGUGGAGGAGCUGAUCAAACGAAACCGAUACUACGAGGACGAAGAAGAGGAGGAUGAGGAUGUAUAAACUGAAUAAUCUGCUCUUGACCAACACGAUGAACAGCCACGAACACUUCUUCUUCUUCUUCUCCUUCUUUUUUUGUUUUUUUAUAGAUGUUUUCUUCUUCUCUUCCUAAAAGAGAGUCGCUGCAGUGUCUAGUGUGAACUCUACUGAGCUCUUGAUUCGUGCCUCUUCCAACAGUUUGAAACAUUUAAAGCCAUUUCUGCAACAUAGUUUUUACGAGACUGUUGGGAAAACGUGUCGCUUUGACAGUUUUCUUUUUUUUUAAUAGAAAAAGUACAAUAUUUAAAACAAUUCCCCGUGUAAUGAAUAUUUUUUAGACGGAGAUGUCCAAAGGUUAUGACACAUAGAAUCUGUUUUAUUUUUGUGUACAUGACUUUUGUAAUUUUGUAUUUUCAUUCGAUGCCUCCUACAAAAAAAAUUGUUACAAAACAAAACUGUUAUGUAAUAGUUGGAUAUAUAUGGAUUCUUGCCACUAAAUUUGCCUCUUUAUGAAGUUUAUAAGAGAGCACAGCACUUCCAUCUGUCAACAUUUCAAAGAUUUGAUAAUAAUAAUAAUAAUGGGUUUAGUUAGUUUGACACACUUUCUGUAGAAAAUACAUCUGUCACUUUAUUUUUCAGUCGCCAUUCUGUAUGUACGAGUUAAACUGGAAAAAAAAACCCACCCAUUCAUGUUCCUUUUUAUUUCCGUUUUGUUACAGUGAUCUGAAUAAUGUUGUACUGUUGUUUUUAAAACCAGGGGACCAAAUAUCUUUAGAUUGCUACUGUUUAAAUAAAUUGUUAUAUACAA